AACAGAUCUUAUAUAUCAUUGGUGCUAAACACACUUGUCAUUUGUCAUUUUAGUCAACAUGAAUUUGUUUAAAAUCCCAGAAUUUUAGUGUCCCAUUUAACCAUAAUUUCAUAACCAUUUGUCAUUGCAUCGAUACUGUUCACAACAUAACUCAAAUCUACUUAACCUUCUAGAGAACAUGCCUAAGGAUAAAAAGCAUAUAGCAACAGUUCAAAAGCACAGAAAGAAAGUAAAAGAAAAGCUUUCUAGGUAUGUUCCAGGUAAAGUAACACUUCAAGUGCUGGGUACAGGGGCAAUUGGUGCUCCUAGGUCUCUGUACAUGUUUUCUGACCAGAGUAGGUAUUUAUUUAAUUGUGGAGAAGGUACCCAAAGGCUUGCCCAUGAACAUAAAAUGAAACUAGCUAAGUUGGAGCAUAUUUUUGUUACACAGCCGGUUUGGAGAAAUAUAGGUGGUUUACCUGGAAUAGCUUUAACAAUUCAAGAUGUAGGUGUACCAGAAAUAACACUUCAUGGACCUCCAGGACUGAAUAAUAUUUUCGCUGCAACAAAACGAUUUAUUGUUUUAAAAAAUCUCAAUGUAAAUAUGGCUAAAUGUGAUGAAGAUACAGUUUUCUCUGAUAAUGUUAUGACCAUGCACUAUGUACCACUUUAUGAAAAAAAAGUAACUGAAGUAGUGGAAAUUGUAAAAGAAGUUGAUACGAUAAAAGAAGAAAUUGAAUCUACAGAGAAACUAGAAAAGCCUGAAGCGCCACAGAAUUCCCCUCAAGAAGAAAUAGCUAAAGAGUGUGGAAUUGAAGCAGUUGUAAAUCAGUUCCAUGCAUCAACUUCCACUCGAAGGGAGAAAAAAAGAAAACGUAGUUCAGUAUCUGCAGAUUCCAAGGCAAAUUCUGGUGAUGAAUUUAAUGAUAACACUGAUUAUUACGCAUAUGAACGUAAGAAAAAAGAUAAAGAGAAAGUAGAAAAACCCUCCAGAUAUUGUUAUCGAUCCCGUCCUCGUUCCCGUAGUGUUGAUAGUGCUGUCAAAGAUGACGAACUAAAAUUACUUCCCUCUUUAAUCUAUGAGCAAACAAAAGUAAAGGGAAUUUCAAUGGCUUACAUUUGUAUCCUUAAACCCAGACCUGGAGCCUUAAAUUUAGAUAAAUGUCUAAGAAUGGGCGUCAGACCAGGCCCUCUUUUAGGUAGAUUAAAAGCUGGAGAGGAUGUGAAAUUAGUUAAUGGUAAAAUUGUCACGGCGAAAGAUGUUUGUGAACCUGAUGAUCCAGGACUCAUUUUUAUAGUUGUUGACUGUCCAACCGUUGACUACUUGGAUUCCUUACAUGCCAAUGAGAUGUUUAAGAAACACCAAAAAACUGCGGAAUAUGAAAAAGAUAUUGCUAGCGUGGUUAUUCAUUUUACUCCUCAAGAAAUAGUAAAUCACCCACGAUAUCAAGAAUGGAUGGAAGCCUUUCCAACUUGUACUACACAAUUAAUGCUAAACGAAUUUAACACUUGCAUGGGAAGUGAAGCUGUACACAGAAUACAAUACAAAUUAAAUUUGUUAUCGCCUGACAUUUUUCCGAUAUUAGGAGAUAAUGGAAGCCAAAUCAUCAGUUGCGACCCUCCUCCAAAUCAGUUACUUCAUAAAAAACCAAAAUUAGCAGAUUCUUGUACUACUUUUAUCGAUGACGAAAUAGUAACUAAACUUAAACAUCUUCAGAGGACUCCAACAUCACCGACACAUAGUAUAAAAAAUUUAAUGGAGACUGCAGCUCCUAAACCGUCCACAGCGAAAGAAAUGAUGAUAUGCCCACGUACUUUUUGUACUUAUCAUUUAAGACCAAAACGGGGCCUUGACAGGAGUAUGGAAUUGACUUUAAAUCCUCAUGAGUAUAUUAAUGAAAGCCUUAAUGUACAAGAACUUAUGGGAGAAUUAAGAAAACUAAAAAUAAAAAUGUUAAAGAAGACAAAUGAGGUCGGCGACGAUUAUCCAAAACUUUUAUUUUUAGGAACUGGAUCCUGUAUACCCAAUAAAACUAGAAACACUAGUGGGAUAUUGGUAUCACUGGGUUAUAUUACUAGAAAACAGCACAUUUUACUUGACUGCGGCGAAGGGACCUAUGGGCAAAUAAUCAGAUUCUUUGGUCAAAAUGAUGCUCACAAUAUUCUGGCCAACCUUGAUUCCGUAUAUAUUUCACAUUUACAUGCUGAUCACCAUAUAGGACUCCUAGGAAUAUUACAAGGACGCAAACAAGCACUUAGUAAACUCAAUAUUGAGAAGAGACCUUUGUACUUAUUCGCACCUAAACAAAUUAUGACUUGGCUCUCCUUUUAUGAUAGAUGUUUUGAGAGUAUAAUGUCGGAAUUUGAAUUAGUACCAAAUGAUUCUUUGAUGCAAGGAGGUAACUUGUUAACUAAAGUAGCUAAAAACACAAUCUGUGACAAUCUUUACAUUACGGACAUAAAUACAUGUGCUGUUAGGCAUUGUCCAAAUGCAUUUGGUGUCUCAAUCAUUUGUAGAAAUGGAUACAAAUUAACUUAUUCUGGAGAUACAAUGCCAUCUGAUUCUCUCGUUAAUCUUGGCAUCGGUAGUCAUAUUUUAAUACACGAAGCUACAAUGGAAGACGAACUUUGUCACGAAGCCACACUAAAGAUGCACUCAACGACAAAUCAAGCUAUAUGUAUCGGUAAGAGAAUGAGGGCCAAACACAUUAUUCUCACCCAUUUUAGUCAGAGGUAUGCUAAGUUGCCAAGAUUUAGUGAGAACUUUGGAGCCAAUGUCGGUAUUGCAUUUGAUAAUAUGCAUGUGGGAGUAUCAGAUUUGACAUUGAUUCCUGAGCUUUAUCCUGCAUUGAGAAUAAUGUUUGCCGAACAUUAUGAAGAACUAGAAAAUAAAGCUCUAAAAAGACAAGUCAAAGAGGCGAAACGAAAAUUGUCAUAACUUUUACAUUUGCACAACUUAUUCUUUGUCUUAUUUAUGCCUUUUACCUUAGGCCUCGGCUGUAAUAAUCGAACAGUAUAACUUAACUUGAAAUGGACUACAUUUGUCUUGUCAACCUUUUACGUCAUCAAGCAGAAGCCCUUGAAUUCGUUAAGCAGGAAUCGAAAGAAAAGCCAAAGCAUUGUUACAAAAAUAAAAUCUUUGAUUACUUUUUUAUUUUAUUUUAUUUUUUCCCUUCCAAAAUAUAUUUGAACUGGUUACAAUAAUUUUUCUGAUUACAAUGUAUAUAGUUUUUUAAUGUAGACACAUUUUUGAUAUUUGAAAUUGGAUACAAAUCGCAAUUUAAAACAAUAUAUGUGUAAAGAAC